AAAUCUUAUUCAAUGGCAGAACGUGAACCCCCGGCAGCCAUCUUGAAACCACGGGUGUUCUGUGUUGAUGAAACCACACCGGAAGUGGUGCAGGUGUCCUGCUGGAGCCGGUGGGAUAAAUUUGAUAAACAAGAGCAGAAUGUUGAAGACUGGAACCUGAAUUGGAGGACUUCCUCUUACCGGAUGACUGAACACAUCAACAUUAAGCCGUGGCAACAACUAAACCACCACCUGGGCAUGACCAAGCUUACCAGGAAGGGCUCUUUGGCCAAGCAGCUGCAGCACAUGAAGAGGAUGUAUGGCACUCCUCUCUAUGAAUUCAUCCCCCUGACAUUCAUCAUGCCCAGUGACGACAGCAAGUUUGUGGCUGAAUACUUUAAGGAGGAGCAGAUGCUGGGCACCAAGCACAGCUAUUGGAUUUGCAAGCCUGCGGAACUAUCUCUUGGGAGGGGAAUAAUAAUUUUCAGUGACAUUAAGGACUAAAUCUUUGAUGAUACAUCUAUAGUACAGAAAUAUAUCUGCAACCCUUUACUUGUGGGUAGAUAUAAAUGUGACCUCCACAUCUACAUUUGUGCCACAAGCUUUAAGCCUUUGACUAUUUAUAUUUAUCAGGAAGGGUCAAUGAGGUUUGCCACGGAGAAGUUUGACCUCAGUAAUUUGCAAAAAGAUUAUGCCCAUUUGACCAACAGCAGCAUCAAUAAAUCCGGGGCGUCGUGUGAGAAGAUCAAAGUAGCCAUCGGUCGUGGUGGGAAGUGGACCCUCAGCAGGUUCUUCUCCCACCUUCAUAGUUGGGGUGUGGAUGAUCUGCUUCUGUAGCAGGAAAUCAACCACGUGGUGAUUCAGGUGCUUGCCGUUGCUCCGUCAGUUCCCGUCGCUGCCAAUUGCUUUGAGCUCUUUGGAUCUGAUAUUUUGAUUUAUGACAACUUGAAACCAUGGCUCUUAGAGGUCAACUACGGGCCAGCCCUGUCCUUAGAUUGUUCGAGGGAUGUAUCGGUGAAGAGAAGAUUAAUCCGUGACACUAGUGAACUGAUUUACUUACAGGGUCUAAGAAACAAGAGAAGAGAAAGUAGUUAUGCUGCAAAUGGAAAUUCCGGUGUCUCCCUUGCUCAUGUCGAUAAAGGAAGAUUCAAUAAAGCUUACAGCACUCUUUCCUAUGAGUCUCUCUUACAGUUCACCAGCAGAACAUUUAAUAAGGAUGAAUCCGCCAUGAAGAAACUUGUAAGAACAUGCCCUGAAAAUAAAUGUACCUCCCAGCCUAGAGAAAUGAUGACCAGGAAGAAGGAUUUACUUCACCCAACAAGAGAGCCACCCAAAUCCAAACCAAAGUUAAAGGGCAGACAGACACCUUGCUAGGCGUUUAUUCCCUAUGUGUCGCUCAUUCAGUCACGGGCCUGCAAGACCAGCGUCCCCCCGGGUGUCCCGUCAGACAACAGUGAAGUGCCAGAUCCCCAGGCAGAAUUUGUUCUCAUUUUUCCUUUCAAUGAAGCUACUUUUGGAGCUUCUAGGAAUGGAUUGCAUGUCAAAAGAAUAAGCCAAGAGCUCCAGAAACUAAUGAAUAAGCAACAUUCCCAAGUGGCAGAAAAGAAAAAAACAAAACGGAGGCGACAUGGUUGUUUGAAAACCAGGGAUUCCUACAGCAGGGAGAGCGAGGGCUCAGUCCCUCACCUUGGUGUUCGGCACAUGGGCUUCGUCACGGAGUACAGACGCGGGUGUAUAUACAAAUAUAACAACUCUGACAAGUGGGAUAUGUUCACGUGGUGA